AAUUUGUGUCUGUGGAUAUCCUCGCCAACAAGUAAGGAAGUACAAGGGAGUCAACUGUAGGAUUCCAGUUUCAUCUGAAUUCAUGGUGCAGAUGCUAACAGGGAUUUAUUAUGCCUUUUAUAAUGGAGAAUGGGAUCUGGCCCGUAAAGCUAUGGAUGACAUUUUGUAUAGAGCACAGCUGGAACUGUAUCCAGAACCUUUGCUGGUUGCUAAUGCAAUAAAAGCUUCACUGCCUCAGGGUGCCAUGAAAUCUAGUAAAGAAGGUACAAGAUGCAUUCAGGUUGAAAUUACACCUACUUCAUCCAGAAUAUCAAGAAAUGCUGUGACUAGCAUGUCUAUCCGAGGGCAUAGGUGGAAAAGGCAUGGUAAUACUGAUUUAGAGAUACAAGAAGAACUGAUCGAAGUAUCUGAAAGUGAUGAAGGGUUUUACUCUAGGGCUACUUCUAGCACAAGUCAGUCUGCCCUAUCCAACAGCAGCAACAUGAGCAGUAAGAACCUUUUAGGGAAGAGCCAACGAAGGUCUGGAGGAAGCAAAGCUGGAGGAAAGGAAAAAGAAGGAGAAACCUGCAGAGAACACUUGUCACGAAAACAAACUCAGAGAGCCAUGAGUGAGAAUCUAGAGCUUGUCUCUCUGAAGAGACUGACACUGACAACUAGCCAGUCCCUGCCUAAGCCUGGCAGCCACAGUCUGGCCAGAACCACCACUACAGUGUUUAGUAAAUCCUUUGAACAGGUCAGUGGUGUCACAGUUCCAAAUAAUCGUGGUGGUGUAUCUGGUACAGAGGCAAACAGGUUUUCAGCUUGCAGUCUUCAGGAGGAAAAACUGAUAUAUGGAACAGAAAGAUCAGAUUUUCCGAUCUUAAGCAAGCAACCUAACCAGCAGCGACCUCCUAGUAUUAGCAUAACUUUGUCAACAGAUUGAUAUUCAAUUGGCAAGUAUGAAAACUAAAAUAUUGAGGAUUUAUGCUGGUAUUGGUGCAUUGGUACGUUAAGCU